CAACAGGCACCACCCUGCCCGCUCCUGCACGGGGCAGGGCUGGGGACGCGCGUCCUGGCUCCCCCGGGCAGGCGGAAGGUGGCCCGCGUUUGGCACCUGGAGGAAGGAGCCGCCCAGUGCCAGGCAGCGGCAGGAGUAUCGGCAGCGGGCGCUGGCUGCUUCCCCGGGCUUCCUUCCCGCCUCGGGCUGCGCGCCUCAGACCCACCCUGCCUCAGCCAGGGGCUGUCAGCCGGGCUCCGCGCUCCUUCCUUUGUGUGCGCGAGGGGGGCUGAGGAGGAGGGGGCGGGGGGCUGAGCCCGGCUGUCAGCGCUGCCCGGCAGGAGGCGGAGGCGCGGGGCGGGAGGACGGAGCUUGCGGAGGCGGCUCUGGGCACGGCCACAAGGGAACCCCCCGCGCCCCGGGCGGAGAGGAGGCAACUGGAAGCGCCGCGGGGCCUUUUCCCUGCCCUGCUGCCGAGCGGCGACCGCCAGCUGCACGCAGCAGCAGAGCCCUGCGACGCCUGAGCGGCGCGCAGCCAAGCCACCGGCCGCAGCUCGCUCGCUGGCUGAACAGGAAGCGCAGCCCCGGCGGCGGCGGCUGCUGCUGCUUCGCACCGUGCGGCUCCCGCACUUGGCAAUGGGCUGGGGGCAGCGGCGGCAGCCGGCCAGCAGCAGGAGCCGAAGCCGGAGUCGCAGCGGGGCUAGGAGCUAAGGAGGCAGGAUGGCAGCGUCCAGUAACUCCAGUUUGUCCGGCUCCUCGGUUUCCUCCGAUGCUGAAGAAUACCAGCCUCCAAUAUGGAAAUCUUACUUGUAUCAGUUACAACAGGAGGCACCGCGUCCCAAGAGAAUCAUUUGUCCUCAGGAGGUGGAGAACCGACCAAAAUAUUAUGGAAGAGAGUUUCAUGGAAUUAUUUCUCGGGAGCAAGCAGAUGAAAUACUUGCAGGUGUAGAAGGAGCAUAUAUUCUUAGAGAGAGCCAGCGGCAACCUGGAUGCUACACUCUAGCUCUCAGGUUUGGCAAUCAAACCUUAAACUACAGGCUUUUCUAUGAUGGGAAGCACUUUGUGGGGGAGAAAAGGUUUGAAUCUAUCCAUGAUUUGGUAACAGAUGGCUUGAUAACACUGUAUAUAGAAACCAAGGCUUCUGAGUAUAUUGCCAAAAUGACCAAAAACCCCAUCUAUGAGCACAUUGGAUAUGCUACUCUGCUUAGAGAAAAAGUAUCCCGAAGGCUGAGCAGAACCAAAACUGAAUCAAGAAAAGCUAGUGUAACAAGUGAAGAAAAUACACCGGUUGAAAAGAUCACCUCUUUGGUCAGAAGAGCAGCUUUAACUCAAAACGACAACCAUUUCAACUAUGAAAAAGCACACAAUUUUAAGGUCUACACAUUCCGAGGUCCACACUGGUGUGAAUACUGUGCCAAUUUCAUGUGGGGGCUCAUCGCUCAGGGAGUCAGGUGUUCAGACUGUGGGUUGAACGUACACAAACAGUGUUCCAAAUAUGUGCCCAAUGACUGUCAACCAGACCUCAAGAGGAUCAAGAGAGUCUACUGCUGUGACCUCACUACACUAGUGAAGGCCCACAACACACAGAGACCCAUGGUUGUGGAUAUAUGCAUUCGAGAAAUAGAAGCAAGAGGUUUAAAGUCAGAGGGCCUUUACAGAGUCUCGGGGUUCACUGAACACAUUGAAGAUGUCAAAAUGGCUUUUGAUCGAGAUGGUGACAAGGCUGAUAUCUCUGCAAGUUUAUAUCCAGACAUAAACAUUAUUGCUGGAGCACUGAAGCUAUAUUUCAGAGACUUGCCGAUUCCUGUAAUCACCUAUGAGACCUACUCCAAGUUUAUGGAGGCAGCAA